CAUUCAUUGAUCUUUGUCUUGACAGGUACUUGUGCGAGAGUAUAUCUAACAUCGAAAAAGUCCCAAUUGGUAUCACUUAGUUGUGAGUUACAAUCAGAAAAGAAUCAGCCAAAAUGAUAGCCGUUGGAUUGUUGGCUCUGGUAGCCCUUUCUGGAGUUUUCUCUGCCUCCGUUCCAUUCCACCCCCUCUCCGAUGAAUACAUCGACCACAUCAACAGCCUGCAGACCACGUGGAAAGCAGGCAGGAAUUUCCCCAAAGAUAUGCCCCUGUCCAACAUCAAACGGCGUAUGGGAUCACUCAAGAGUGAAAACAAGGGGAAAUUACAAAAAGUUCACCACGUCAAAGCCGAUGAUGAGGUCAUUCCUGAUACCUUCGACGCUCGAGAAAAUUGGCCCGAUUGUAAGUCGAUCGGAUUGAUCAGAGAUCAGUCAGACUGCGGAUCAUGCUGGGCGGUAGCAGCUGCUGCUGCCAUGUCUGACAGAAUCUGCAUCGCUACGAGUGGAACCGACCAAUCUCUGGUAUCCGACGAGGAUCUUCUUUCUUGCUGCCCGGAUUGCGGUUUUGGGUGUGAUGGUGGAUAUUCAUAUCAUGCUUUUGAAUACUGGCAAGAAACAGGAAUCGUCACCGGAGGUCCAUACAACAGUACAACUGGAUGCAAAGCCUACUCCAUGGCACCCUGUGAACAUGGUAGUACCCAAGGCGAUCUUCCCAAAUGCCCGUCUCAGGGUUAUGAGACACCCGAAUGCGUUCGCAGUUGCGACAAAGGUUCCAAUCUCUCGUACAACGAAUCGAAAACCUAUGGUCUGCAGGCGUACUAUGUAGAUACGGAUAUCGAUCAAAUUCAAUUAGAAAUACUGAGGCACGGACCAGUGAAAGCUUCCAUCGAAGUAUACAGCGACUUAUUGACUUACAAAAGCGGUGUUUACCAACAAACUUCGGAUGACGAUUUUGGAGGACACGCAGUCAGAGUGAUUGGUUGGGGUGAAGAAAACAAUGUUCCCUACUGGCUCAUCGCAAAUUCCUGGAACGAAGACUGGGGAGACAAGGGUACCUUCAAAAUCCGACGUGGAACGGACGAGUGCGGCAUCGAAGAAGACAUUGUAGCUGGUCUACCACGAUUGUAGUUUUUUUGCAAAAAAGUUACCUAUACAUAUAAUUUUGUAAAAUUUUCAACAUAAUUAUGUG